ACGUUUGCCGUGAUAUUGUUAACGAGUAAACGUGCGAUCUGCACAACGCCAUUGCUGUUGGGUCGUUGUUCAGUUGGAUUCCCUCAAGCGACCGUACAGUUCCAGAAAUCCUUUCAAUUCACACAAUUAUCAUCGUUACACUCAUCAGCUCGUUUAUUUGUUCGAGGACGAAAUGAAAACGCAGAAGAUGAGGGAAGGGAUGAAACAAAGUUCAAUGGCUCAGAAGGCUCGUCUUCGCAAGGACAACAACAGAAAUCGCCCUUCAACGACCCUAAAUUCGAUUUCAAAUGUUCAGUUCGUCGAAUGCGAGUGUAUAUGCUCAUAGUGGGUGGAUGUACAUUCCUAGUAUCGUAUGUCAUUAUGAAACCGCUUUUCUCGCAGCAGUUCCCGACUAAGCUCGGUGCUGAUAUUAAUGCGCCACCGCUGGAGAUGGAGGAAUUCCUCAACACCUAUAUACCGUCAGGAGAGGUGAAGCGUUUAGUUCAUUUUCCGAAGCAAGAGAAGGCCGUAGCGUGGCUGCAUGAUGAUGCGAUAAUUAAUGGACAACCGGCGAAUCAUUCAUUUGUUGUUGUCAAAUAUGAACGUGUUGAUGGAGUACCGCCGGAACAUUUCCGUGAGGAAAUAAGAGCGAAGGAGAAAGAACUCGGUAUUCCGUUACAGAACGCUAUUAAUGUGGAGGAAUAUUAUGGGUUUUCGAACUUUAGAUUUGUCGAAUUAUUAAUUGGCAUUGCAAUUCUGGGCUUUUUAGCGUCCCAAUAUGGACGUUUAAUAGCCAGAAAAAUUGCUGAACAGAAAGCUAAAGGUGGCGGACGUUGA